GUUUAUAAAUUUAAGGUGUGUUUCCAAUUAAGCACAUUAAAAGGUAAAUGAAUACGUUUAGAGACCAAUCUCAUUGUUCGCCGCUGGUCGAUGCGAAACAGUGUAGUUUUGAGGGGCAAAAAAGCGAUUGUGAGCAUCAAUCUGUCACCAUAUCAGACAUGUCUACAUUGGACAUUUUAAAACCAUUGUUUAGCGAAAGAGUAGAGCAGCUCCAACGUGCAUUGAAUCUAUUGCAAAAGGAUCUACUGUGGCCAUUCUUUGAGCCUGUGGAACGAAUUAAAGUCGUGGACAGCCGUGCGGUCAGUUCACGUGACGUAGUGAACACGUUUGUGAAGCAAGCUUUCAGUGAUGUAUAGGAUAUUAUACCUGCUUUUAUCGCAAUUAGCUUCCAUUUGAUUACAGGACAUACACUAGGUCUUUCGUUUUGGUGUGUGUGUAUGUCUUAUAUCAUUUAUUUUUACAAAUCCUUGUACCAUAGUUUGCGUUUCAUAUUGAGAAAGAAAACUUCCUCGCUGGAUGAUUUAAAUUAAAUCCUUGCAAAUGCCAUUAAAUGCAUCUUCACAGUACAUUUCACAGUCUGUGAGGUUUGCAUUAAACGUACAAAGAACCGGAAAAAUUCCUCACAAUCAAAUUGAUUCUACAAUUAUGGCUAUGAGCAAAGGUUUGUGCGUAAGUGAUUAGGGCCUACAUGGGGCUAUAUUGGUUAGAUGGAUGAGGCUGUAGAUCUGUGAAAGGUUGAGGGUAUAUUUUUCUAAAGUGUUUGUCAACUUUUGGAGUCUGCUACGCAGUAUAUCAUUCUUAGAAAAAAAAUGAUUAAUAGCGCAGUGAAUAUUUUAAAA